GAAAUUCUUCAAUCAUGGCACCCCCUAACGACCCUGUUGCUUCAAAAUUAAGUGUCCUCCAAGGGGAGAGAUUGGAAAAGUAUUUUGAUUUGUCAAAUGGGAAGUUUAGUGUCCAAGGUGUGCCUUUGCUCACUGAAGUUCCAACCAAUGUCUCUUUUAGUCCCUUUACUUCAAUCUGCCAAUACUCCGAUGCUCCAGUUCCCUUGCUCCAGCGUGUCCUUAAGCUUGAUCAUAGGGGUGGGUUUCUUGGAUUCAAUAAGGAUGAGCCAUCUGAUAGGUUGAUGAACUCCUUGGGUAGGCUUAGUGGUAGAGAUUUUCUAAGCAUCUUUAGGUUCAAAACAUGGUGGUCUACCAUGUGGGUGGGAAAUUCUGGGUCAAAUUUACAAAUGGAGACCCAAUGGGUGCUCUUAGAUGUCCCUGAAAUAAGGUCUUUUGUCAUUGUUAUACCUAUAAUUGAAGGCUCUUUUAGGUCUGCUCUCCAUCCUGGGUCUGAUGGACAUGUCAUGAUUUGUGCUGAGAGUGGUUCUAGCCAAGUGAAAGCAUCUAAUUUUGAUGCAAUUGCUUAUGUGCAUGUGUGUGAUAAUCCCUACAACUUGAUGAAAGAGGCCUACAGUGCUAUUAGGAUCCAUCUCAAUACAUUUAGGCUCUUAGAAGAGAAAACAGUCCCUAAUCUUGUUGACAAAUUUGGUUGGUGCACUUGGGAUGCCUUCUACUUAACCGUUGAACCUCUUGGUGUUUGGCAUGGAGUGAAUGAUUUUGCCGAGGGUGGUGUCUCACCGCGGUUUGUCAUCAUUGAUGAUGGCUGGCAAAGCAUCAAUAUGGAUGGUGAGAACCCGAAUGAGGAUACCAAAAAUCUUGUUCUUGGCGGGACUCAAAUGACUGCCAGGCUUCACCGGCUUGAUGAAUGUGAAAAGUUUAGAAAAUACAAAGGUGGUUCCUUGUUGGGUCCUGAUGCUCCUUCAUUUGAUCCAAAGAGGCCAAAGAUGCUGAUCUCAAAGGCAAUAGAGCUAGAGCAUGCGGAGAAAUAUCGUGACAAGGCGGCUCAAUCUGGAGUCACUGAUUUGUCUGAAUUUGAAAGGAAAAUUGUCAAGUUUAAAGAAGAGUUGAAUGAGAUGUUUGGUGCAGAAGAAAGCAGUGUUUCGAGCCCAGGUUGUGGGAGCUGUUCUUGCAAGGCUGAAAACUAUGGAAUGAAGGCUUUCACAAGGGACUUGAGAACAAAGUUCAAAGGUUUGGAUGAUAUUUAUGUGUGGCAUGCUCUUUGUGGUGCUUGGGGUGGUGUUAGGCCAGGUUCAACGCAUCUCAGUACAAAGGUUAUUCCCUGCAAACUCUCUCCUGGGCUUGAUGGGACCAUGGAGGAUCUUGCUGUGGUGAAAAUCAUUGAAGGCGGGAUUGGGCUUGUUCAUCCUGAUCAAGCUGUGGAUUUCUAUGACUCGAUGCAUUCCUAUCUUGCCGAAGUUGGAAUAACAGGAGUGAAAGUUGAUGUCAUUCAUACUCUUGAGUAUGUUUCUGAAGAAUAUGGAGGUCGGGUGGAGCUUGCAAAGGCUUAUUUUAAGGGACUGACAAGUUCUCUUGCCAAAAACUUUAAAGGAAAUGGACUAAUCUCUAGCAUGCAACAAUGCAAUGACUUCUUUCUCGGGACAAAUCAAAUUUCAAUGGGAAGAGCAGGUGAUGAUUUCUGGUUCCAAGAUCCAAAUGGGGAUCCAAUGGGAGUCUAUUGGCUACAAGGGGUGCAUAUGAUUCAUUGUGCCUAUAACAGCAUGUGGAUGUCCCAGUUCAUACAACCCGAUUGGGAUAUGUUCCAGUCAGACCAUUUGUGUGCCAAAUUCCAUGCAGGAUCAAGGGCCAUUUGUGGUGGUCCUGUCUAUGUGAGUGAUUCAGUAGGCGGCCACGACUUUGAUCUAAUCAAGAAGCUUGUGUAUCCUGAUGGUACCAUUCCCAAGUGUCAACAUUUUGCUCUCCCAACUAGAGACUGCCUCUUCAAGAACCCUCUAUUUGAUCAGAAAACCAUUCUCAAAAUUUGGAACUUCAACAAGUUUGGAGGAGUAAUUGGAGCAUUCAACUGCCAAGGGGCUGGUUGGGACCCCAAGGAGCAAAGGAUAAAGGGCCACUCUCAGUGCUACAAGCCAAUGUCUGGUACAGUGCAUGUCUUUGGCAUCGAAUGGGACCAGAAGAUAGAAGCUGCUCAAAUGGGUAAGUCUGAAGAGUACAUAGUCUACCUCAAUCAGACUGAAGAAUUGGUCUUAAUGACCCCCAAAUCUGAAGCAAUUCAAGUCACUAUUCAACCAUCUUCAUUUGAGCUAUUCAGCUUUGUGCCAAUUGAGAAGGUCGACCCUACCAUCAAAUUUGCUCCAAUUGGGCAAACAAACAUGUUUAACAGUGGUGGUACCAUUCAAGAAUUAGAAUACAUCAAAUCUGGAGCUGAGAAGAGGGUUAAAAUCAAAGUUAAGGGUGAUGGUGAUUUCUUGGCAUACUCAAGUGUGUCUCCAAAGAAAUCCUACUUGAAUGGGGCUGAGGUAGAGUUCGAGUGGUUGGUGGACAGUGGAAAACUGAGCUUGAAUCUUCCUUGGGUUGAAGAGACUGGUGGCACAUCUGAUGUUGCUUUUGUCUUUUGAAGCUAAUCUUAAUUUAUUUGUUUUAGGGUGUAAUUUAUCAGGGUGAGUGCCGUGGCUGGAAUUUUUUUUUUUUUUUUUUUUGAGAAUGAGAUUUGAUUGGUGUAAUUAAGUUUCUCUUAUUUGUUUGGUAUUAAUAUUAUAUU